GUCCGCCAUCGUGAGGUCUCGUCACAUCACCUAAAAGCCUGCCAUUGGGCCUCUCCACUCCCGUAGACGUCAUCUGCGCUUCUCUGCAGUAGUGGUAGUGCCACCCGCGCUCGCAGCAGAGCCGCCCGCCAUGUCGCCGCCCGCAAUCAUCGCGCCUUCCAUUUUGUCCGCCGACUUCGCCGAACUAGGCCGGGCAUGCUCGGACACCAUGGGCCAGGGCGCCGACUGGCUUCACGUAGACAUUAUGGAUGGCCAUUUCGUCCCAAAUAUGACCUUUGGUGCCCCUGUCGUCACCAAGGUUCGCCCGCAUGUCGACCGUCCCACCCGUGCCUAUGGCAGAGGCACCUUCGAUUGCCAUAUGAUGAUCGCAGAGCCCAAGCGUUGGGUUAGAGACUUCAAGAAGGCCGGCUGCGACCUGUAUUGCUUUCAUUAUGAGGCUGCUGUUUCCUCAACCGCCGCCGACACCCCAGAGGGAUAUUCCGCCGCUCAAACAUCACCAAAGGAGCUGAUCAGGUUCAUCCAUGAACUCGGCAUGCAAGCCGGCAUUGCGAUAAAACCUAAGACGUCAGUCGACGUGCUGUGGGAUAUCCUCGAGAAUCCUGUGGCCGAGGAGCGACCUGAUAUGGUUCUCGUAAUGACUGUCGAGCCAGGCUUCGGCGGCCAAUCAUUCAUGGCCUCUGAACUCCCCAAGGUUACGGCUCUCCGCAAAAAGUAUCCCGAACUGCACAUCGAAGUCGAUGGUGGGCUUUCAGAGAAAACCAUUGACCAAGCAGCAGAUGCCGGCGCCAACGUUAUCGUGGCGGGUAGCGCUGUCUUUGGUGCUGCCGACCCUGGAGAGGUGAUUCGGAAACUUAGGGAGGCAGUCGAUUCCAGACGGGGGAAGCUGUGAGGGACUGGGCGGUAAAGGCCCACAGGCUCACUGGAAACUUAAUGAAGCAUGCGAGACAAAAUAGACGACAAUUUACACCUGUAUGCGAAAAUUUGAU